UUGCGAGCUUUGGCUAUGAGCUGUUUCGGGUAUCGCAGAGAGCUCAGCAAGUACGAAGAUGUUGACGAGGACGAGCUUCUGGCUUCCCUCAGCCCGGAGGAGCUGGCCGAGUUGGAAAAGGAGUUGGCUGACAUCGACCCUGACGCCAACGUGCCCAUAGGACUCAGACAGAGAGACCAGACGGAUAAGACCCCGACGGGCACCUUCAGCAGAGAGGCCCUCAUGAAGUACUGGGAGAAUGAGACCAGGAAACUGCUGGAGGACGAGAUAGGAGGAGGAAGCCCCAACCCGGAUGAAGAAGGGUGCAUGACACAAGAAGACAGUGAGGAAGAGGAGGAAAAAGAUGAUGAAAAUGAGAAAGAGCAGAAAACGUAUGAAAAGUCAGUUGUACAAGAGGAAAGGGAGGAGGAGAACAGUGAAGAGGAGGAGGAGGUAGAAGGAAGUGAGGAGGAAGAGGAGCCAGUAACAGAGGAGGAAGACGAUGAGGAGGAGGAAGAAGACGAUGAAGAGGAGGAAGAAGACGUUGCACCAGAAACUGAACCCCCGAGAAUUUCUGGGCUGCUGCCAGUGGCGGAGGCAAAUAAAGCCACGCUGCUGAAGCCCCAGAGGGCGGAGCCUGUCCGGCUGACCCCUCCCCCUCCACCUCCUGACCUCAACGCGACUGGAAACCCAACGGUGGUGGACGAGGCCCUGCAGCGAGUGCUGCGGAAUGACCCCGAACUCACCGAGGUCAACCUCAACAACAUUGACGACAUCUCACAGGAGACUCUCAUCCGGUUUGCUGAGGCUCUGAGGUCCAACACGUGUGUGCGAGUCUUCAGCCUUGCGAACACUCGGGCCGAUGACCCCGUGGCUCUGGCCAUUGCGAAGAUGUUAAAGGAGAACUCCUCCAUCACCAGUCUGAACAUAGAGUCCAACUACGUGACGGGGAAAGGAGUGAUGGCGAUGGUUCAAGCUCUGCCGGGGAACUGCAGCCUGACCGAGCUUCGCUUCCACAACCAGAGGCACAUCUGUGGAGGACAGGUGGAAAUGGAGAUGGUGAAGAUUCUGCGGGAAAACCACACUCUGAUCAAAUUGGGUUACCAGUUCAACCUCCCUGGUCCCAGGAUGAGCAUGACGGGGAUCCUGACCCGGAACCAGGACCGGCAGAGGCAGAGACGGCUGCAGGAGCAGAGGCAGGGUCAGCAGGGUCAGCAGGACGGAGCCCUCAACCCUCGGACCUCCGCUCUGAGAGGAACGCCGAGUUCAUCGCCCUGCAGCUCUCCCUGGUCCUCACCCAAACUUCCCAGAAACGACCAGACUCGCAAACAGACCCCACCUGCACCGCCCCCUCCUCCCCCUCCGCCGCCACCACCUCCCCCCCCUCCCCCUCUUCCGCCAGCACUCCCAGCGCCAGAGAAGAAGAAACCCACCAGGAUGAUCGCGGAGGUCAUCAGAGCCCACGAGGCCGGCAGCAAGAAGGUCUCCAGAAGCAAAGGGAAGAAGGGCAAGAAGGGGAAGGAGCCGGUCAGGGAGCCGGUCAGGGAGGAGACGGGCGGCAUCCUGAAGGAGCUCAAGUCGGCCCUGAGGCCCGUGUCGGGGGAGAGGAGGGGGGAGGACGGCAGCCGGCCCUCCACGCCGAUGAGGUCAGCCCACGACCAGCUGAUGGAGUCCAUCCGGGGCAGCAGCGUCCGCAGCCUGAGACGGUGGGCAGACCAGAGGCUGUGUGCCAUCAGCCUCUCCGCACCGUGGUGGAAGUUCCACACCAUCUACGAUAAUGCGAGCAGAAAUAAAAAAGAUGGAGUCUCCGUCAUGAUGACGAUGGUUUGACCAACACGGAUGGCAGCAGAAGCAUGAACGGUGAAAAUGUGUGUUUUCUAAAGAGGCAACACUGAAUUCUUUCAAUAAGUGUUUGUUCACAGUAGGACAUAGCGUUUGUAUUCUUAUCUUGGAAUGAGUUGAGUGCUUUGUUUACUGAUACAUUUUCUAAAUGUUUUCUUCUGUAAAUAUGAUCUGUUGUUGGCUGAGAAAUGUGUUAAUUUCUAAAUAUAUCCAUUUGCUGUUUAC